GCCAUUUUAUUCGUACUUGGUUGUUCACAAUUACUUUCAAUUACAGUAAAAGUAGUUUUUUUCUGUUUUGUAAACUGUAUUUUCGACGGUUUUGAUGUAAACUACCAUCAGCGGAUACGUGAGCGGAUACAUUUUCUUCUGUCUUACGUCAGUUUGGAAGACCAGAUGAGGCACCAUCUCCUGAUUCUUCUCUGUAAAAAAGAGAACAUUCAAUGGAUCAAUUGAUUGCGUCCAGUAACGGAACUCAGCAUUAUGGUGUUAAACGUCUGAGAUCAGAUGAGACACCAUCUCCAGGAUCCUCAAUCCUUCAACCGAUUGUAUUGAACAAUAGAGCACAAAGAUUCAUUGGAGAGAACCAAACACCAGAUGAACCACCAUCUCCUGCAGUUUCAUACUUCUCUUUCAAAAGCAACCAUUCGAUGAAUUGGCAGUAUGAAUUUAACAGAAUUCAGAGUUAUGGUGUUAACAGUCUGAGACCAGAUGACCCAUUAUCUCCAUCACUGUCACUCCUGUCUGAAAACAGUGAUACCGUUGAUGAUUUAAUUGAACUAUUUGAGGCACUGUCCCCAGCACCCUCACUCCUGUCUGUAAAGAGUAAUGAGUCAAUGGAUGGGCCAGUUGUGACAAGAGAGAGACUACAUAAUUGCAGUCUACAACCAUAUGAAGCAGCAUCUCCAGUACCUUCCUUUGCGUCUCUAAAAAGUGAUCAGUCAAUGGAUCGACCGAUUGUGUUAAGAGAGGAAGCACAUAAUGACAUGUUAAGAAGGUUACAACCAUAUGAAGCAGCAUACCUUCCUUCUUCCUUUGCGUCUCUAAAAAGUGAUCAGUCAAUGGAUCGACCGAUUGUGUUAAGAGAGGAAGCACAUAAUGACAUGUUAAGAAGAUGUUUCUACAGCACACUUUCGGCUACUCUGCUGACAGAGGAUCACUACAAGUGUCCAGUGUGCACGGAGGUCUUCAAGGAUCGAGUUUCCAUGCCCUGUGGACACAGUUACUGCAAACACUGCAUUGAGAUCAUCUGGAGCAAACCAACUCAAGCUGGAGGUUACGCUUGUCCUCAGUGCAGAAAGAAUUUCAGACAUCGUCCUGUGUUGAAUGUAAAUGUGACUUUGUCUAAACUGAUUGAGGAAUUCCAGAAGGCAGGGUUUAGUCCUGCUCUUCCUCCUCACUGCUACGCUGGACCUGAAGAUGUGCCCUGUGAUAUCUGCACUGAGAUGAAGCUCAAAGCUGUUAAAUCCUGUUUGACCUGCACUGCGUCUUACUGUGAGACACACGUCAGACAACAUUACACAGUACCAGCACUGCAGAGACACAACCUGGUGGAGGCUAUUAAUUUAUCACAUAAAGAAGACAGAGAAUCACAAGAAGAAAGCAAAGCAUUUAAAGCAAGAUUGACAGAACUGGAGGCGACCUUGAAGGAAAGAGAUAUACUGGCAAAACGAUUAUGCAAAGGAUUUGAAAUCCACUGUAUUGAUUUUUCAUCAGAUGUGAUUGAGAUGGCUGCUCUAGGUCACUCUUUAUAUCUUGGAAUGUUGUACAACAGUCACAGUGAUUCAUUUUGCCAAGAUAUUAUUUUAGAGGAAGACACAGUUGCCUCUAUAAAGGUAUCUCUGCCUCGGCCACAAACCUGUGUGAAGAUUUUAGAGUGCGACUCCAUCCAAGAGAGGUUCAAAGAAUUGGGUAUCUCCCGUACAUUGCUACAGAAUGGCAAAUCUGCACUUACAAAACUGUCUGGAGCUGCAGCCUUUCUGAACCACCCUGAACAGUCUCAACAUCAGGACAGAAUUACACUACACUACCGAACCACCACCAGACUGGACAUGAUCAGUCAAAGACUGUUACAGGAAGUAGCGCCUUCCUCAGUCAUUAAUGCAACCACAGCUACACAUGUGAUCAUCGGCGUGUGCUAUGGAGCUCAGGCUUUCUUUGUUUUUGAUUAUGCUAAUGAGAGAAUAAGCACAGAGAGACAUGCAGAAAUGGAAAAUGUUAUCAAGAAGAUCACCACCACCCCUAAUGCAAGAGAUGCGUUUUCAAGUCUUACUGAAAAAGAAAAAACAAACAGCAGUGAUUAUUACUGCAGCCUGUACACUGAUCUGGGUGAUUGGAAGAGUCCAGUGUCUUUUGAUAAGGCAGUGGAGAUAUAUGGCUCUCUGCCAAUGUUGCUUGGAUCCAAAGGUGAGAGAGCAGUUCCUUUGAAGGUCUGGCUCUACCCUCUGAAGAACCUGAAUCAGAGCUCUGUGCGUGCUGCUCUGAGUGGAGUCGGUGGAAACUUGAUUCAUCGAGCUGAGAACAUUCUGGAACAUCUGAGAAAACAGAUCAGGAUCUGUCAGGACAUGAUUACAGACUAUAUCAAUGUAAAGGUGAUUAUGGAGUUUCCUGCUCUGAAAUACAAACUUGUACAGUUUUCAGAUCUUUUGCAGGAAUACAAGACUAAUUUUCACAGAAGUAUUGCAGAAAUUGUCGAAUCUAUACAUAUGAAACAAUUAGAACAAGAGAAGAGCCUACAAGUUCUCCUUGAAACCCAUGACCAAUCACCAUUCAGCGUGGAGAAACCAAAUCAGUGGCUGGAGAAUAAAGAAACUGAACUGAAGACUCUGAAUGACCUUAGAGCUGCAGACAUCGCUGUUGUGAAAUCACAGGCAGAGUUAGAGCAGGUCAUAGGUCACUCUCAGAUAACCAGAGUGAUGUGUCUCACUAUUUUCUCACCAGAUUCUGAGGAUUUAUUCCUCUCUGCUCUCAGGCAGUAUAUCAAAUCUGAUCACAUGAAAUCACAUGAUUCACUGCUAUUGAAGCUUGUUAGCAUCAAUCAGAAAGUGCUUAUUGAUGUACAGCUGUUUAUUGCUGCAAAAGAGACAAAUGAAGAUGUAGAGCAAACCAAGUUCAUUACAGCAUUAAUACCUGGUGAUGGUUUUCCAGAAUACUCUGUUCAAUUUUAUCAUUCUGGGAUGACUGUGAGCAGAAAUGUGAAGCUUGCAAUAAAGCCAGAUCUUGCCCAAAUAGUUCAGAUAAAGCACACCAGUGUGUCUCUGAAAUUGAAACAAACACAAACCAAAAGCAUUGAGAAAUAUGUGGUGGAGUACAGAGCUUUGGGUGAUGAUGGAAUGAGCAACAAAACUUGGAAACAGAUCAUUUUUGAUGCCACAACUCUCAAGGAAACCUGCAUGAUAUCAGGUCUAAAGUCUGGCCAUAAGUAUCAGCUGAGGUAUUCAGUUAUUGAGCAGGACUAUAUAAGCAACUUCAGCAACAUUAUGAAGUUUCAGACAGCUGUUGCAGCAACACCUGGGCAACCAUUAAUAAAUAAGCUGGACAGAAACACUCUUAGAGUCACCUGGUUGAAGGCUGAAGCUGAUAAGGAUUGUCCAGUGCUGCGGUAUAUGGUUGAAUAUAAAAAAGCAGGACUGGAGGGCUGGUCAUCAGUACAAACACAAGGACCUGAGUGUGAAUAUACUUUAACUCUACCUCACAGCACCUGCUAUAGAGGCAGAGUCUCUGCUGUCUAUGAGGACAUCACCAGCAAACCUAGUGAGGAGACACCAGUGCCAGUAGAUGUCUGGAGAAUAAAGCUCUCAGAGAGAAAGAGCUCCAUUCUCCUAGAAGUGCUGAAACUCCAAACAGAGAAGAAACCAGUAGAGCUGAUAGACUGGACAGAUGAAGAGAGUGAAGUGAAGGGAUUCCUCCAGUGUCUGCCCCACAUCUCACAGCUGAGGUGAG